AUGGUUCGAGCAGUAGAGGAAGAGAAAUUAGAGAUUCCUGCUGUUGAACCUCAAAAUAGUAAUGGGUGGAAACUUACCCGUAAAGAGACCAUCAAGGCACGUAAUAUUAAUAAAGCAGACGAUUCAGCCUCUGCUAUCGUCAAAGAGAACAGCCCACCUUCAGAUAUGGAGCUGAUGAAGGAAAAAUUUGCCAAGUUGCUCCUUGGUGAGGAUAUGUCUGGCGGAGGAAAGGGUGUUUCAUCAGCAUUGGCGCUAUCAAAUGCAAUUACAAACCUUGCAGCUUCAGCGUUUGGGGAACAGAAGAGAUUAGAACCCAUGCAACCAGAGACUAAAGCCAAGUGGAGAAAAGAAAUUGAUUGGCUUUUAUCUGUUACAGAUUAUAUUGUUGAAUUUGUUGCUUCUAAACAAAAAUCAAAAGACGGAACAAUUAUGGAGAUUAUGGUGACAAAGCAGAGAACUGAUCUUCAAAUGAACAUUCCCGCAUUGCGUAAGCUAGAUACAAUGCUUCUGGAUUGUUUAGAUAGUUUUAAAGACCAAACAGAAAUCUGUUAUACAUCCAAAGAUGAUGAAGGUAAAACUGCCAGGAAAGAUGAUAAAUGGUGGAUACCUACCCCUAAGGUUCCUCCUAAUGGUUUGUCCGAUACUACUAGGAAAUGGCUGCAAUUUCAGAAAGAUUCGGUGAACCAAGUUCAUAAAGCAGCCCUCGCCAUAAAUGCUCAAGUUCUUACAGAGAUGGAGGUUCCUGAAAAUUAUAUAGAAUCCUUACCCAAGAAUGGGAGAGCGAGCCUUGGAGACUCGAUAUACAGGAGCAUCACGGAUGAAUACUUUGAUCCGGAUUACUUCCUUUCAACUAUGGACUUGUCCUCUGAACAUAAAAUUCUAGACCUCAAGAACAGAAUUGAAGCUUCCGUAGUUAUUUGGAGAAGAAAGAUGACAGCAAAAGAUGGGAAGUCAACCUGGAGUUCAGCCGUUAGUAUGGAGAAAAGAGAAUUAUUUGAAGACAGAGCAGAAACUAUCCUUCUUAUUCUUAAGCAUCGGUUCCCUGGAAUUCCUCAAUCAUCACUAGACAUAAGCAAAAUUCAGUACAACAGAGAUAUCGGGCAAGCCAUUUUAGAAAGCUAUUCAAGAAUAAUUGAAAGUAGGGCAUUCACAGUCAUGUCGCGAAUUGAAGAUGUAAUGCAGGCAGAUGAUCUGGCCCACGAUCCUUCAAAUGCAGAAGUAAAGAGGUUUCCAAUGGGAGAUUCAUUGGGAGUAUCAGAUGGAAUGUUUAAUGAUAAGGAAGAAGUAGAGAAGCUUAGUUCUGCAGAAACACCUAAUUCAAUGACACUGCUGGAUUUCAUGGGUUGGGGAGAAGGAGAUGAAGACACGGAGAAAGAUACGAAGGAAGAAAUCCGAUCAAAAGAAAGUGAUGCAAAGCUUCUAAGCAAACCUCCAAAUAUAGUUACUAACAAGAGAGUUUCUUACCUAGAGAAUUUAACUGGUUCCAGAAGUCCAACAGCACGCCACUAA